GGCGCAGUGGCUGAAAUCAAUCACUCGACAUGAUUGAGAGUAAGCGAUGGUCGCUGCCACUAGUUUUCGGAUGGGUGACCACCCGGGUUCGUAGUGUGCAAAAACCUUGCCACAAAUACACGUAGUGUUCCUAAUACCGACCGUACCAACCGUACGAACCCUACUGUACCAACUCUAUCAACCUACAGGCUAAUGACCUCAGUCAUCGGAGCCUUAAACGAGUUAAACCUAUGUACCUAAUAAUAAUAAUAAAAAAAAUGAUGUAUUAUGUUUUUUGUUCCACAUGACAGUCCCGCCGAUGCUGUGGAUACCGCAUCAGCUGGUCGGCGUGCCACUGGGCUACAAUGUGACGCUGGAGUGUUACACCGAGGCGCACCCGACGUCCCUGCACUACUGGACACGGGACAGCGGACAGAUGUUGCACGACAGCGGCAAGUACAAAGCCGUGUCCAUACAGGGCGUGCCGUCGUACAAGGUGCAGAUGAAGCUGACCAUCGUGGACGUGUCGCACACCGACUACGGCGUGUACAAGUGCGUGGCGAAGAACUCGCGUGGUGAGACCGAUGGCACGAUUCGGCUGUACACUUCACACCCACCCACUCUGGCACCAGAACUUCAGAGCACGGAGAAUCCCUCCCCUUCUGGCAUCCCAGCUUUAGGUAAGACGGAUAAUAUCGUUUUACCCGCUUUCAUUAUAAUAUACGAUAUUAGAUAACAUAAUAAAAUAACA